AUUUUUCAAGACCAGAUAUCGAGUUCAGUGUAGAAUAAAUGUUCGGAGCCUUCGGUUACUGAUGAAAUGACUGCGCAGGAUAAUUAUAUUCGGAUUGUCGUCGUUGCUCGACUCGUUUCACUGUUGUACUACUGCACUGGCACCUAAAUCACGACAUACAUAUUCGACGUCCGAGCGUGUUCUAAAAUCCACAAUUGCGUUUGUGCGURAAUAUCGAUCGUUCAAUUUAAAUCAGCGAAACACUCACGCGUGAUAAUACAAUWAUUCAAAUUGUACUGCCGAUCAUGACGUCUUCCGGCGGAAGCUGCGAGUGCUCGUGGUCCGACUCGUCGUUCCUGUCCGGUUCGUGUGGUAAAACCGGCGGCCUGGCGUUCUUCAUGUCGUUGGUGGACCUGGUAAUCCGGUCGCAGUGUUCAGUGACGGACUCAUGUCGUCGGGCCACCGGGCGCCGGCAGUUCCCGGCCGGUCCUGUGUACCCGGAGGAAUUAGAUUUCGUGGUGGUCGGCGGUGGCGUGGCCGGUUCCGUGGUGGCGUCCCGGCUGAGCGAGGUGGCCGGCUGGACGGUGGGACUGCUGGAGGCUGGUCCUGAGGAGCCAUCGACCACGUCAGUGCCKGCGUUCGCGUCGGCCGCGAUGGGCACCGAGUUAGACUGGCGGUACUUGACCGAGCCACAGGGCAAUGCGUGCCUGGGCGCGGGCGGAAUAUGCGUGUGGCCGAGGGGCAAGAUGUUGGGCGGCACCGGGGCCAUGACGGGUAUGAUGUACUCGAGGGGCCACCGGCGUGUGUACGACGCGUGGCGCGAAUCAGGGGCAGUGGGCUGGGGCUACGAUGAAGUGCUGCCGUACUUCAAGAAGUCAGAGCGCAACAUGGACACCGACAUGGUGGAGCCUGAGUAUCAUGGGUUCGAUGGUCCUGUGACCGUACAGCGGUUUGCUCACCGUCCCGAGAUGGCCGAGUCCAUCGUGCAAGCCGGCGCCGAGUUAGGCUACAGGACCGGUGACCUCAACGGRCACAAUCAAACCGGGUUCUCCAUAGCUCAGGUGAUGGUACAUGAUGGCCUGCGGAUGAGCACUUCACGAGCGUACUUGCGGCCUGCCCACAACAGGCCCAACCUGUUCGUGAAGAUCAACAGCCGUGUUACCGGGUUGGUGUUGAAUAAGCUCAACAACCGCGUGCAGGGCGUCAAGUACGUGGACCAGUAUGGUGAGCACAUGGUGCGCGCCCGGAAGGAAGUGAUCCUGUCGGCGGGCGUGGUCGGUUCCGCGCACUUGCUCCUGGUGUCCGGCAUUGGACCGGCCGAGGAACUGCUUCGGGCUGGUGUCACUGUUUUCCAGGAUCUACCGGUUGGACGGAACCUGCAGCACCAUGUAUCUGUCAGCGUCGCUGCCACGGUGAACGCGUCUGAAGAGGCCCACUACCUGACCAUGGACGCGGUAUCAGAAUUUUUAGCUACUCGUACCGGUCCACUGGCCAGCACRGGCCUCACUCAGACCACAGGAUUUUUGACCACGUCGUACUCGGUCGACGGRGUACCCGAUGCACAGGUGUACUUUGAUGGCCUUGCACCCAACUGUGACAAGAUCCCCGUGGAUCCAGACGGUCCGGCGUACCGAAACUAUGAGGGUUCGAGGGCGUACGUGUGGGCCAGACCGACGUACCUGUUGACAAGGAGCAAGGGCUAUAUCGCGCUGCGGACCGGCAACCCGAUGGACGAACCGAUCAUCCAGCCCAAUUACUUCCAAGACCCGCGGGACGUGCUGGCCAUGGUAGAAAGCAUACGGAUCGUGUUGGCACUGAUGGGCACGCGGGCAUUGAGCAAGUGGGACAUGCAGCCGGACACUACGCCGUAUGAAGGAUGCGCACAGCACGURUACGGCACGGACGCGUACUGGGCCUGCGUGGUGGUCACUGACACCAAGCCUGAGAACCACCAUUCGGGAACUUGCAAGAUGGGACCAAUCGACGACCCGGAUACGGUAGUCGACCCGGAGCUCCGGGUACUCGGUGUGGCCAAUCUGAGGGUGAUGGACGCGUCCGUGUUCCCCACCGGACCCAACUGCAAUCCUAUAGCGCCGGUCAUAAUGGUGGCCGAGAAGGGCUCAGACAUGAUCAAGCAGACGUGGAGAGCAUACGCGCACGAAAACAACGUGCCGCCAUACAUAAAGUCUAGGACGGCAUCAUAAUAUUAUUAUUUUAAUUUCGCAUCACUGAUAUCCCUGACCCGUGUGGCCAUGUAUAUGUAUAUAGGACCAUUUCACUUCGCAUUUUUCGAAUGAUGUKAAGUAUARUAUUGUAAUGUACAUUAAGUAUUUAUAGUAGAUUAUUGYGACAACAACAACUCUGAAAAACAGACAUGUUUUAACUUUUAAUUGUAUAUUUAUUUAURUUAAAAAAUAAAUCCUCAAUAUAAAAUGAGUUCUACCAGAUAUUUCUCUGAGUACUGAGUAGAUACUUAUUAUUAGAAUUUAAUAACGGGUAUAACUUUU